AUGACUGAUCUAUCAGAGAGAUCUGUCUUUUCACGCGCUGUAAAAAUGAACACACCUGAACCUACUAUUCAGAAUAUUUUGGACUCAAAUACUUUGCGUUGGAUCUUUGUCGGAGGUAAAGGUGGAGUUGGAAAAACGACAUGCAGUUGCAGCAUUGCUGUUCAAAUGGCCAAAGUGCGUGAGCGUGUUCUCAUUUUGAGCACGGAUCCUGCUCAUAACCUAUCGGAUGCGUUUGACCAAAAGUUUUCGAAAAAUCCUACUAAAGUUAGGGGUUUUAAUAAUCUUUUUGCUAUGGAAAUUGAUCCAAAUGUGAACUUAGGGGAGUUCGAAGAGGAUCUGGUUGGUUCUGAAGAAGCAGCAGUUUCCGCUGAUAUACGUAAAACCAUCGGUCACUUGAUGACUUCUUUCCCUGGAGUGGAUGAGUAUAUGUCUUAUACAGAGGUGUUUCGGUUGGUCCGCAAUAUGGAUUAUUCAGUCGUCAUUUUUGAUACUGCUCCUACUGGCCACACACUACGAUUGUUAGCGUUUCCAGAGGCUAUGGAGAAAAGCCUUAGCAAAGUACUCUCAAUGAAAAAUCAGUUCGCUCCAAUUUUAAACCAAUUAAUGGGUUUAGUCGGAAUGAACAGUACACAAGGUGGUGAUUUAACAAAUGCAAUAGAAACACGUUUACCUAUCGUUAAAGAAAUAACAAAGCAGUUCAAAGAUUCCACUCAGACUACAUUUGUAUGUGUUUGCAUACCCGAAUUCUUAAGCAUGUACGAAACGGAACGCUUAGUUCAAGAACUCACUGCACACGAUAUUGAUGUCCACAAUGUCAUUGUAAAUCAACUGUUGUUUCCAAAUUUAUUAUCAUCAUGUGAUGUCUCAUCUAAGGAUCAUUCGAAUGAACCUCCAUCCAAUUGUCGAAUGUGCUUAGCACGUCAUCGAAUACAAUCGAAAUAUCUGGAACAAAUUUUAGAACUAUAUGAAGACAUGCAUGUCAUACAAUUACCUCAAUUAGAAAAUGAGGUGAGAGGAAUCAAGUCUGUUCAAGAAUUCUCCGAACUUCUUUUAAACCCUUACCGUAGGAAAUAA